CGAUUUUCCUAUUGACAAUCAGAAUCAGCUGUCUAGUUGUAUAAUUUUUGAUGUGAGGUGAGGAAAUGGCAUGCGCCAAGAAAUUGCUUUUUCGCGUUUUCCUGAAUAACUCUUUGACGGCGAACCGCACAAUCACCAUGUCCGCCGCGCGACGUGCCGAGGAGGCUAUCGAGAAGCUGAAGGAGGACAAUCCCUACUACUCCAAGUACGCGAGCAAGAUUGCCAAGUUGCAGCAGACGUCGGCUGAGGAGUUCCUGGAUCGCGUGGAGCGUGUGUUGAAUCCCAUUAAAGAUGGCCAGAGCCAGGCCAGGUCCUACUCCGAGCUCCUUAAUCCCAAGCAAAAACUGCAGGCUGAACAGGCGGCUGAACUGCCCCACAAGAAGCUCACUGAUAUCAUGAAACUGGAAUUGAUUGAGGACAAGACCGCCGAAGAGGUUUCCCAGAUCUGGCUGGAGUACCAUAAGACCAAGGAGGUCCUGGCCGCCACUCUAAGCACAUCUCAGUACGAGAACCUCAUGGCGCGCGCCAAGGAGCACCCCGUUUUUCUGCUGCCGCUGCCCCGCAGUGAGGGAUUCGAGUUCGUCAUGCUGCAGUUCGCCGCCAACACCGUGCACUUCACUCCGCUUUUGGCGUACCAGGUGCACCAUGAGAACGCUCCGGAGUGUCUCACACUGGUUCACUAUACCGAGGUCCAAGACAAGGGUGUGGUUCUCAUGCGCGGCGAAUACGACACUAAGGUACUCACAGCCCAGGAGGCUCAGUGUCUGGCCAAUGAGUUGCAGAUGUUCUACCUGAAGCCCGACGAGGGUAAGCUGCGCUUACUGGAGACUUUUACUCGCAAGCCGGACGAGUUCAAGCACAUGGAUCUAAUUAAGGAAGUUGAGAACAUACAGCUGGUCUAGGCCCUGCGAUUUUAAUCAAAAUAAACAGAACAAACACGACAAGGAUAUAUUAAACACGAAA